GUUGGGGAACACCGGGCUGUUCUCGCUGAGGGUUCCUGGUGGCGCAGGUUGUCCGUGUGUUUGCGAGCGUGUGUCUGCGAAGUUCUCCGGGACUGCCGGACUCGGCGCUCUUCUCUCCGGCCGCCCUGGGAAUCGCCGGCCGCCACCGCCCAGCCCGCACCCGCUGGCCCCCCAGUGCUUGGGCACCUGUUGGAGGCGCAAAGAUAGCUAGGGGUGCUUCAUGAGGGGCCGCAGGGGCGACCGCAUGGCCAUCAACAUCCAGGAGCACAUGGCCAUCAACGUGUGCCCGGGGCCCAUCCGGCCCAUCCGCCAGAUCUCCGACUACUUCCCCCGCCGGGGACCCGGCUUCGAAGGGGGUGGUGGGGGCUUCGGAGAGGCCCCUGCUCAUCUGGCCCCCUUGGCCCUGGCCCCCCCAGCGGCCCUCCUUGGGGCCACCACGCCCGAGGAGGGAGCCGAGGUGGACAGCUACGACUCGGAUGAUACCACCGCCCUGGGCACGCUGGAGUUUGACCUUCUCUAUGACCAGGCUUCCUGCACUCUGCACUGUAGUAUCCUCAGGGCUAAGGGCCUCAAGCCCAUGGAUUUCAAUGGCCUGGCUGACCCCUAUGUCAAGCUGCACCUGCUGCCUGGAGCCUGCAAGGCCAACAAACUAAAAACUAAGACUCAGAGGAACACGCUGAAUCCCGUGUGGAACGAGGACCUGACGUAUAGCGGGAUCACGGUUGAUGACAUCACGCACAAGGUGCUCAGGAUCUCCGUCUGUGAUGAAGACAAGCUGAGCCACAACGAGUUCAUUGGGGAGAUCCGAGUACCCCUCCGCCGCCUCAAGCCUUCACAGAAGAAGCAUUUUAAUAUCUGCCUCGAGCGCCAGGUCCCGCUGGCUUCACCCUCUUCCAUGUCUGCGGCGCUGAGGGGCAUCUCCUGUUACCUGAAGGAGCUGGAGCAGGCGGAGCAGGGGCCGGGGCUGCUGGAGGAGCGUGGGCGCAUCCUGCUGAGCCUCAGCUACAGCUCUCGGCGCCGCGGGCUGCUGGUGGGCAUCGUGCGCUGUGCCCACCUGGCUGCCAUGGACGUCAACGGCUACUCCGACCCCUAUGUCAAGACGUACCUGAGGCCGGAUGUGGAUAAGAAAUCCAAGCAUAAAACAUGCGUGAAGAAGAAGACUCUCAACCCAGAAUUUAAUGAGGAAUUCUUCUAUGAUAUGGAGCUCUCCACUCUGGCCACUAAGACUCUGGAAGUCACAGUCUGGGACUAUGACAUCGGCAAAUCCAACGACUUCAUCGGUGGUGUGUCCCUGGGGUCAGGCGCCCGGGGAGAGGCCCGGAGGCACUGGAGCGACUGUCUGCAGCAGCCGGAUGCAGCCCUGGAACGCUGGCACACUCUGACCAGCCAGCUGCCCCCCGCGGCCGGGGCUCUGCCCUCAGCCUGAGUGGCACGGUGGCCCCUUGGGGCCAGGUCCAGUACCCAACCUUCGCACGAGUGUGUUGCACGUUUACACGGGGUGGAGGCCCCGCCCCGCACUACCUGUCUUAUUUCGUGAGAGUCUCCGUGACCGUGGGUCUGUCUUCUUGUGAGGGACUGUGGAGAUCUAUAUUCACAUAUGCAAACUUCCUUCUGCCUGACUCGCUACAACCUGCAAAUAUGCAAACCACCCAUCCUGAGCACACCUGCGGGGGGUCCCACAGAGCCCAGGGCCCCGGCUGCCACUUCUCUCU